AUGCGACGUAAUCUGUGGAAUUGCCCCACGAAAGUGAGAGAAACAGCAUACAAAUCCAUUGUACGACCCAAGCUAGAAUAUGCAUCAACAGCCUGGGAUCCUUACACUAACAAGGACAAAGUGGCUUUGGAAAGAGUGCAGAGAAAAGCAGCGCGUUUCUGUUCCAAGAACUACAAUCCUAUGUCAAGUGUCACUGAUAUGACUGAAGAUCUAAAUUGGGAAAGUUUAGAAGUUAGAAGAAAGAAAGCUAGAUUGACAUUGUUGUACAAACUCUCUCGGAAUCUUGUAGACGUUGAAACAAAUAAUUACUUGCUGGUAAAUAAUGAGACCAGGACUCGUGGGAGUCAUAGCUUUAAAUAUAGAGUCCCAAAAACUACCAAAGAUGUUUUUAAAUUUUCCUUUUUUCCUCGCACUAUUAGGGAAUGGAAUUUACUUCCCGAAGAAAUUGUGAGCUCAGAGAACCUCCUCCAGUUUAGAAACAAUUUAAACAAUUCUUUUUAAUAACUGUAAAUAUUGUUGUAAAUAUAGAUUUUUAGAAUAGGUAUAGUUAUAAAUAGUUGGUGUGAUAUUCGAAAGGAUUUUACCGACUCAAUAAAUAUAGAUGUAGAUGUAGAUAGAUAGCGCACGACCUUUCCCAAUGUGCAUCAGUAUGAUAAUAGCAAAAUAAAAUGGCCGAAACGAGAAGCCCCAAACAUAUCAAUUUAUUCGAUUAUAGGCAAUUGCCCUUGUUUUCUUCGGCGGUUUUAUACGAUACGGCAAGCAAAGAAAAAAAAUUUAAAUUUUGCGAUGCUAAAGGUCUAAAGGGGUCAUUGCGCAAAGAAAAAUCCAUGAUUGUAAUCAUUGAUUGUAUAUAUAAUCUCGAGUUACGGUCGGUGCCGGACACUGCCAGUGUAGUAUAACAUGUAUGUAUUAUUUUGAUUUUCCCGAAUUGAUAACUUAGGCAAUGUUCAGUAGAUAAAUAAAUGCUGUAUGUAAAUACCUUACAUGAGUAAGGCGUCCUUUCGCUGAAAAGGAAUCUUUUGAUUACAUUUAUGUAAAUCCAAUGCUUUCAGAACGUCAGACAUAGACUUUACAUGUUCAUAUUCCCAAAUUAAUCCCGCCAUCAACAAAACCGGAAGUAAAAUUCUAGCGCUUUCUUGCCCCAGGGGAAUAGGCACAGGCCACGUCUGUUUAUAUUUUCAAAUAGCGUGGUUCCUAAGCUUUAUUUUGAUACUAAACAUGGCCGAGUUACUCGAAGGAUUCAUUCUUAAAAUUGGCCUUGUUUAUCUGCAAUUUCGUUUUGCCGUGAAAAUUAUCGCCAUGAAAAUUUGCUGUCGCAGCUUCAAAAAUUUGCAGCGUUCAUUAUAAAAAUGGAACAAGUGAACCAACGAGUAUCUCUCCCAAAUUUUUUGUGGAUAUAGUAUGGUGUGUGUUGUAAAUGACCCGAGAUGUGCAAAUGUUGCCAAGAACGUAAGAACCAUGCACGGCGGCACGAAAACAUCGCUAAGUGGGCAAAUUAAGACAAAAUGAUAUAGUUUCUACUAGCCAAAGUAUCGCUGAAAGCAGUUUUAAAAUGGGAACAUACAAAACGUGAGAUAUGGAUAAAAUAAUUGUAGCAUUUAAGUACGACGGCUCUUCCGAAGCAAACUCAAGAUGUGCAAACUCGUUAUAGAGGAUACCAAUAGCUAUAUUUUUAAUUUUUUGUUUACACUCCUAAAAUUUCUAUUACCGCGUGGCGGCCAUGUUUGAUUGUAUAGUCCGAGCAUGCUCAGUAGCAAUGUCUGCAAUUUCUGGCCAUGAAUAGUUUGUUUGAAAGAGAAAAGAACAGGCUUUGAAGUAAGCCUAAAAGCAUUUAACUAGAAAUGGUAUUUCAAAAGUUAUAAAGCACAAAAGAUGAAUUGCGUUUAUUUUGAUACACCCUGUAUAUGUGUGUGUGUAUAUAUGUAUGUAUAUGUGUAUAUGUAUAUAUGUAUAUGUGUAUAUGUAUAUAUACUUGUCAAACAUAGUAUAAUAGUAUUCUGAGAAUUUAUAUAUAGAUAUAGACGAAUGUGGUUUGAUGUUUGUGUGAUGUUACUCUGAGUGUAUAUCCACACCGGGCAGGCUUGAAAAAUAUGCCUGGCCACGGCGGGAUUCGAACCUACGACCUUUGGAAUACUAGCCUUUGGAAUGUGGUUUGGUUAAAAAAAAACACAAAAUGCCAAAGAGUGCUCAAUAUCAUAUAGAUAGAGCAGAAAUAAUCGUAGCAGAAAAGGUUGCCACAUGCAACAAGAGGAAUCAUCAGGUGACUCUUGGAUAAAACAGACUGUUGUGGCAACCUUUCAAGGUAAAAGGAUAUAGAUAUAUGUUGCUCAUCAUUAAUAUUAGCUUAAUUCUUAAAUUAUUAUUUGGCUGGAGGUAAGUGCAUACUGGUAAUCAUACAAGUACACUUUUUAACUCAUUAAAUUUGUACUAUUAACAGGUCUUCCAUUUGACAUCCAAAGCUCACCAGUGGAACCUCCACAGAAAAAGCAAAAACCGCCAAAAAAUACAGCAACUAAUGGUAAGCAAGUUCUUGAUCCACAAUGCCAAUGUAUUAAUUACCACAAUGUCAAUGUCAAUGGCCGUAUUUAUUUUCAAAAUCAACUUUACCCGAUUUCACAGGUGAAGUAUAUACCUAGAUCUUUUUCUAUAAAUACUAAUAGUGGCUGUUAUAAUUUUAGGGGAGUCGUCUCAAAGAAACAAAAUCUGCAGCCCAAAUGACGGAAAGAAGAACGUUUGCAGGGUUUGCAAAAGCAAGAAAAAGAAGAGUACCG